GGAAACUCGCGCGGCGCGUAUUGUCAUUGGUCGCCAUGAUCACCAGCGUGCUGUCCAUAGCGUUCUGGGCUGUGUACGUUCAUAGGAUGGAAGGGGCGUGGCAGAAGGACUCCCCCGGCCUCCUCAUUCUGUUCAUAUUCGCCCCCAUUUUUGUGUCCAUCACGUGGUGGGAGAAUUUCGUUCCAAAGGGGGACAAGAACUCCAUCGGCCUCAAACGAAUAAAGCGCCAACUGCACAACUGCAAGACCAAGGUCUAUCUGAUCGUGUACACGUGGAAAAUCGCCGUCACAAUUGCCAUGGUAACGCUCAUAUACAGCGUCGACUGUGCCGACGGAAACAGCUGCAUAGAAACGCUCUAUGAUGCACGACUUAACGCAACGCUGCAGUCCGACACGUUUGGGAAGACGUUGAUAGUUGAGAACGUCGUGUUUGGCGAAUGUUCGCGUUACCUGCCGCUUCUCGUCGCCGCCGUGAAUAUCGUGUCUAGCUUUGCGUGUUAUAAGUGUUGUGUCGCCGCCAACAAGAUCCUCACUCAGAUCCCGAGUUUCUCGCUGCCUAUCGUUUUGGCCACGCCCAUCUCGGUCACAAUAAUGGCCGCCGAGUUCUCGAGAGACGAGCUAUCCAUGACCUCCGGGUGUUACCUCCCUUUUCCGAGAUGGACGGACGGACUCGCCUACGAUUGGUCCAUGAUUGUGGCGAGCAUCAUGGGAUAUAUGACAAUUGUCAUGGUGACAACUUACAUUUGGCGGCAGACGAAGGAGCGCAUGCAACAAGAAGACAGAAUGUUCGUUCAGCCGAUGUACUGCGGUGUUCUGUUGGAGCAGUCGAUGCUCCUGAACAGACGGAAAGACGAGGGGGACACGAAGGCCAUAGACGUCAAGAUGAAGGAGAGCGAGCUGCCGAUACCGGACAACUUGGAGACGUGGCGGCCCGGAGACGACUCCCGGAGCCCUCUGCGAGAAGACGACACGCCCUUCAUUUACCUGUGCGCCACUUUGUGGCAUGAGACCGAAAACGAGAUGAUACAGAUCCUCAAGUCGCUCUUCAGGCUGGACACGGAUCAAUGCGCGCGAAGGAAUCUUCAGCUCUUCUUCGGUAUCCGUGAUCCGGACUAUUACGAAUUUGAGGCUCACAUAUUCUUUGAUGAUGCGUUUGAUUAUGUCGACGGCGAGUCACGCGCCAAUGGUUACGUCAAGCAACUGAUGAAGACAAUUGAUGACGCAAUCAGAUCCGUCCACACUGCGGGUAUGAAGAUCCCGCCUCCAUCCAAGAUAGACACGCCGUACGGAGGUCGUUUGGUAUGGCGACUUCCGGGGGGUAACCAGAUGAUCGCGCACCUGAAGGACAAGCAAAAAAUUCGUCACCGGAAGAGGUGGAGUCAGGUGAUGUACAUGUACUACUUCCUGGCCCAUAAACUGCUGUCGAUGGGCGGCGGAAAGGAGCGCAUCCGGACCGUGGCCGACCACACGUUCAUCCUCGCACUCGACGGAGACGUUGACUUUCAGCCGUCAGCGCUGCAGCUGCUCAUAGACCGGAUGCGGCGGAACCCAAACGUCGGCGCCGCGUGCGGCCGGAUACACCCGAUUGGUUCCGGGCCUAUGGUCUGGUACCAGAAAUUCGAAUACGCGGUGAGUCAUUGGCUGCAGAAAGCGACGGAGCACGUCCUUGGCUGCGUCUUGUGCAGCCCGGGUUGUUUCAGCCUCUUCCGGGGCUCCUCCAUCAUGGACGACAACGUCAUGAAGCGCUACACGACGCCACCCACCGAGGGACGUCAUUACGUGCAGUAUGACCAAGGAGAGGACCGCUGGCUGUGCACGCUGCUGCUUCAGCAAGGAUACCGCGUGGAGUACUGUGCUGCCUCGGACGCUCUGACGUACGCACCGGAAGGUUUCUACGAGUUCUACAAUCAGCGCCGUCGCUGGACUCCUUCCACCAUGGCAAACAUCCUUGACCUUCUCAUGGAUUUCAAGAACGUCACCAAACGUAACAACGACAUCUCCAUGCUCUACGUCUGCUACCAGAUGCUCCUCAUGGUGUCAUCCAUUCUCACGCCGGGCACCAUCUUCCUCAUGGUCCUCGGCGCCAUCAACAUGGCGUACCCUCAGCUGUCCCUCUACUGGGCUCUCGUACUUAACCUGAUCCCUGUCGCCGUGUUUAUUCUAUUGUGUUUCGUUGCGAAGAGCGAUACUCAACUUGCUUAUGCCGCCAUCUUAUCGACGGUCUACUCGUUGGUGAUGAUGCUGGUGAUAGUUGGGCUUAUAAAGCAGGCGGCAGAGAACGGCUUCUGUUCCGUCACAACCGUCUUCCUCUGCUUUGUCGCCGGCGUGUUUAUCAUUGCCUCGUUCCUUCAUCCGCAGGAGUUCUGGUGCAUCGUGCACGGGUUCCUCUACUUCCUCGCCAUUCCCUCAAUGUCGAUGCUGCUGAUGCUCUACUCCAUCGGGAACCUGCACGUCGUCUCAUGGGGAACCAGAGAGGCACCAAAGCCCGCCGCAGCUCAAAAACCUGGCGAGUCUGCUAAAGCCCCGCCCCCAAAGAAAGGGGCAGUGCAGGAAUGGCUUGAAAAGAUUGGCUUGGCCGACAGGGAGGGGAAAUCGGGAUAUAUGUUCGCUUUCGGUAACCUCUUUAGGUGUAUGUGUUGCCCACAAGAGACGCCGGACACCGGCGAUAUGAAACUGAACGCGAUCUUGGAACGCCUGGAUGACCUUGAAGCUAAGCUCGUUGACCCGCCCGCCGAUCACGUGAGCAAUCAAAACGAGACGCGGGGUCAUGUGACUUUUUCAGAAGCAUCGGACUUGUUCGAAGGUGCUAAAGAGAGAAUCAACCCUCUGUUUGAAGACGCAGAUGACGUCAGCAACCGGAAGCAGCGCCAACCGCUCCACUGGACACAGGACCCGGACUUCCGGGAUAGCAUUCCCGAGAGCAUCCCCUUAUCGGAAGUGACCUUCUGGCGGGAGCUUAUCGACACGUACCUGUUUCCGAUGGAAGGAGAUAAGAAGCAACAGGAAAAAACGUUGGCGGAACUGAUAGAACUGAGGAACACAGUGUGUCUCUUCUUCCUCCUCGUGAACGCACUCUUCGUGACGAUCGUGUUCUCCCUACAGCAAGUGAACGCCGACUCCGGUGGCAACAUCUCCAUACAGCUGCCCUGCGCCGAGGGCGGCCGCGGGGAGUCCAUUGAACCCAUCAGCAUCGCGUUUACCGCAGUGUUUGGGGUACUCCUGGCGAUACAGUUUCUAUGUAUGUGUAUUCACCGGAUGUCAACCUUCCUCCAAAUACUCUCCAUAACGGAAAUUGGACUAUGCACACCGAAACGCGCGAAGACAUCCGAAGACUCCGCUAUCACGGUCGAGAAGGGUCUGGAGUUAGUAAAAAGCAUGCAGGCGGUAAAAGACGACGACACCAAAUCAGUGGUUUCAUCGGCUGGAAGUGUCGCCGAAUCAACAGCUGACACCGCCGACACCGACGAAGCCGGCGGGGCGCAGAAUGGCGUUCGCCGAAAGGAGCUGUGGUCUAAACUUGCCCGUCGGCGUCGGGAACAACAGUACAGCACGCUGAGCAACACAUUCAUGAAAAACUUCAAGAAACUACAACGACACAUGGAGGAUUCGGACAUGAGCUCUUCCGCGAACCUCGAUGCCGGAAACUCCGCCGUGACUCCGGGAAUCACCGUGACGUCACCAGAAGAUGGAACCGUCCAGAGCCGGGAGCUGAAAUCCGCCCGGAUGGUGUUCAGACGAAUGGACCGCAAGAGUAUCUUCACAAUCGUACAGAUGUCGAAGGAUCCCAGAAUCAAAAGUGCUAUAGUACAACGGGGCGAAGUUGUCGCCAAUAGAUGGCGUAAAGCGGCCCUACGCGCCAAAAUUCAAAGUUCCACUGUACCCUCAUCCGGAUCCGCACAAGACAGACCAAAGAGCAAGGUCACUGUCAAUGACAUCGCGCGCCUUGCAGUCGCCGAGAGGGACAGUAAUAUUCCGUCAGAUACUGAGUCCGACAACGAUGUUCCUGUGGAGAAAUUCGCGUUUUAGACUGUUUUAGACCAGACGGCGAUUACGACGAUAUUCACGCAAAGACGCCAUUGCUUAGUGCGUGCAGUUAGCUUUAAGCUUACAUUAAUAAAUGCGCACAGAGAUUAAAGCAUUUUUAAGCAGAUAAAUGAAAAGUUUACACCAACUUUAAAGCAAAACCCUUUAUGAUCGCAAUCAGGUUUGGAAUUCUUUAAGCAUGUCGGUUACAAAAAAUCCUAAGACAAAAUGAAAGAUACCGGACAUAUAUAAAAUUAAGGAUCAGUUAUUACAAGUUUGUUAAUAACAGCUCUUGACGUGUGUACAUAAAACAUAUGCAGACGUUAGGCCAAUACUAUUAUAGUCGUAAUCAUUAUCCAGACCGUACGUGGACACAUAAUUAAGAUUCCCAAUUUUAUGUAUUUAAAACCUUCUUUAACAUUUUUUUUUUUGGAGUGUACUCUUCUGAUGCAUGCUUUUACCAGAUUUUCUUAUGUAUCCUUUUCAAAGACGACUGACGUUGUAAUCUUCUUUAAAAAGUUGUUUUACUGUUAUCUAUGCUUAUAUAUGUUAAAAAUACUGCAUUUAUAUUCCGUAAUAUUUUUGACAAUCUUAUAUAUCAGUAUACUCGGCAAUGACAUUUUUUUUUACUUAUUUAAAUAUAGUUAUACGGUGUUAAAUUUAACAUGAGUGACUUAUACAAUAUUUUAUCACAUUCUAUACCCUGUCUCCCAUGUAAUACAACCAUUACAUUUUUUUUAUAUUACACGUGUGUAAUACAACAUUUUUAAGCGUUCUCAUUGGCUUAGUUUUCGUUUAUUGACCAAUCGCAUUUUCUUAUUUUGCUGAAAUGACGUUUCAACGUAAAAUGACGUCACGAAAUGUAAACAACAUUCGGGAUUAAUCAUUAUGAUUGCGUAAAUAUUUAUUUAAUUUGCUCAUUUAAAAGCAUGUGAUAAAAAAGAUAUGACACUCGUUGUCAUAUCAUACCAUUUUGUAUUGAAUUCGUUCAGGAAAUUCGUUAGUAAGCUCGCCAAAGGCAAAGGUUGUGAAAGACUCGUUUAAUAAAAUAUGGUAUGAUAUGACAACUCGUGCAAGAUCCUAUAUAAUUGGUAUGAUUGUGCUGCACUCAUAAAAAUAAUAUUAUUGCUGUCAUAGAAAAUAGCAAAAUGUUUUGUUUUUAUUUUAACAAUUUGCUUCACAAUGGAACAUUUAGGUUUUGUCCACGCAUAAGCUUACAUCUAUAAAUACACUUAUAUUUAUGUGCUUUUGACUGUGAUGUGUUUGUAGAUACUUGUACAUGAAGUAAAAAAUAUACAUAUAUAUUUUUAUCAAACAUGUAUACUAUUGCGGUAUAUUAUACUAUUUAAAUACAUAUUUGCUUAUUGCUCGAAAUCAUAUUUAGUACC